AUGAAAUUCGAGAAGGCAGCACAAGAAGCGAUCGGACUGCAUGCGAACCUGAAAGAGCUCGAGUCGGCAAGCAGCGUCAAAGUUCUGAACACUUUCCGCCACGAUGAGUAUCAGAAGCAGAAGAACAGAAUGGAAGACCUGGACGAACAAGCCGAUCGACAAAGAACGGAAAGCGAAGACUAGAUCGAAUCGCAGCAGCUGGCGCAAGCGAGUAUCACACAGCAAGAAGCCGCCAAAUUGAACGACACCAUCUCCCAGAUUCGAGAAGAAGCUGCUACCUUGAAGCGUCAGGCCGAGCGAGGUCGUGUACGCAGACAAGCACCUGACCGCCGGAACGUCUCUUUUUCGCCAGACCAACGCCACCGCUCCAUCACUCCACCGUCCUUCCGGGACCAGAGAGGCAAGGCGGAUGGAUGAAGUGGGCAGUCGGACCAUAGAGACAGUUAAGACGAGAACAACCGGUACAGACCAUUCAAAUCACAAGACCGACGACGCCUUCGUAAUCGCGAAGACACUCCGCACACUUACCGAACACAACAGACCAUCCGUACGAAGCUCACCACGAUUGACAAGGGCAUCUUCGGAGCACAGUUCUCGAGCGGAAUCAAGCACCCUGAGAAGUUCAGCAACGACGGCAAGCCAACCCUUGAGGAAUGGCCAACUCAGGUUGAACAAGCGCUCGGACGCGCUACCUUUGAUAGCCCGCAGUCAGGUCCGCGCCGCGCACUCAGUAAGCUGUCUGGAGGUGUUUAG